AUGUUAUCUUCCCAAAGUCCAAUUAAAGAGAGUAAUUUCAUAUCCACUUCUUCUAAGCAAAUUCAAACUGUCCUACCUUAUGGUAAACACAUACCGGAUCAAUCAGAAACUACGCAAAAAUCACAAGAAGAUAUUCUUUUGGAACCAUUUCAUUAUCUUUGCUCAAAUCCUGGUAAAGACAUUCGUUCCAAGAUGAUUGAAGCAUUUGAUGCCUGGUUGCAAGUACCUAAAGACGAUUUGAUUGUUAUAACUCGUGUCAUUGAAAUGCUUCAUAGUGCCAGUUUAUUGAUUGAUGAUGUUGAAGAUGAUUCAGUACUUCGUCGUGGUGCACCUGCUGCUCAUCAUAUUUAUGGUAUUCCUCAAACUAUAAAUUGUGCCAACUAUGUAUAUUUUCUUGCAUUGAAUGAAAUAACGAAAUUAAAGAAUCCAAAUAUGAUUUCUAUUUAUACUGAUGAAUUAAUAAAUUUACAUCGUGGUCAAGGUAUGGAGUUAUUUUGGCGGGAUACAUUAACUUGUCCUACAGAGCAAGAAUUUCUUGAAAUGGUGAAUGAUAAAACGGGUGGUUUGUUGAGAUUAGCAGUCAAACUGAUGCAGGAAGCAAGUCAGUCUAAAAUUGAUUGUACAGGAUUGGUUAGUAAAAUUGGUAUUCAUUUUCAAGUCCGUGAUGACUAUAUGAAUUUACAAUCGAAGAAGUAUUCUGAUAACAAAGGCUUUUGUGAAGACUUGACGGAAGGGAAAUUCUCGUUUCCAAUCAUUCAUUCAAUUCGUGCAGAUCCAACAAAUCGUCAACUUUUAAAUAUCUUGAAGCAACGUAGUAAUUCAGUCGAACUUAAGCAACAUGCCUUACAUAUACUAGAAAGAACAAAUACUUUUAGUUAUUGUCGUCAAUUCUUACAAGUAUUAGAGAAAGAGGCCAGAAAUGAAAUUAAGAUAUUGGGAGGAAAUCGUAUGCUUGAAAAAAUAAUGGAUGCUUUAAGCAUUAACGAGGAUACCGUAUAA